UGGUGGCAAGUUGGACAGGUAUGUCCUGUUAGUUUCCAACGACCGCGGAGUCCGCGGACCUGUCACUUUGGGGAAGACGAUGGUGUCCAAGUGGUUUGCGGAUGUGCUGGAGAAUGAGCGACGGCUGCUCGAGGUGCUGUCCCUUCUUAUGAUAGUUAUGGGAUUCACCUCCUAUGGAUUGUUGCGCUUUAUCCGUAUGCCGUAUGGUCGUUACUCCAGCUCUACAUUCGGACCCCCGGUUCCUGUCCGCUGGGCCUGGUUCAUUCAGGAACUGCCCUCGUUUGCCUUUCCUGUCUACUUCAUCCUCAGUCAGCCAAAGGUUGGAGCUGUCAACUUGACCCUCUUGGGAGCCUUUACGUUGCACUACUUUCACCGUACAUUCAUUUUCCCAUUUUUCAUCCGUGGAGGAAAGCCUACACCAUUUGUAUCGUUUGCCCUUGCCUUCAUCUUCUGCUGUUACAAUGGAUAUCUCCAGAGCAGUUACCUCUGUAGACAAGCCGCUUUCACACCGGAAUGGCUCCAUGAUCCUCGUUUCAUAGCAGGCAUAGCAAUGUUUUUAUCUGGGAUGUUUAUCAACAUUUACUCUGACCACAUACUAAGAAACCUUAGGAAGCCAGGAGAAACGGGCUACAAAAUACCCAGGGGAGGUUUGUUUGAAUAUGUUUCCGGAGCAAACUUUUUUGGUGAAAUACUUGAAUGGUCUGGAUUUGCAGUGGCUGAAUGGUCCAUACCUGGAGCAGCAUUUGCCAUCUUCACAACUUUGGUCCUCUCUUCAAGAGCACAGCAGCAUCAUCAAUGGUACCUUGAGAAGUUUGAAGACUAUCCCAAAUCAAGAAAAAUUAUUGUUCCAUUUCUGUAUUAAAUGGCACAUUUUAAGAACCAAGGAUAACUCCAAGGGCUUCCUUUUAAUUACACACUUUUGUUAAAAUACUCUUUAAGCUAAUGGAACAUGUCAAUAAUGCUGCAUUUCCCAAGGGUGACUUAAGCCCUGUUUAAUAUCCAACUCAAAUUGGCAAUUUUAAGGGUGCAAUUACAUGAUUGCUAAUGAUACAUUCUUAAAAGUUAUAUUUUUAUAAAUGUUUUAAGGUUUUGUUUAAUUACCUCUUAUGCAGAAUGUAAAUCUCUACCUCAGUGUCUCACUUUAUGAAAAACUUUGUUGGGUGUUAUUGUUUUUAUGAAUUGUUUUUAUGAAUUGUUAUGGUAAUACAAACAAACCUUCAAAAAAUGC